UGGUAUGCCCAUCCAAUCCACUCUGGGAAUUCCGUUGCGGGUUUGGCUGCGGCGGACGCCGUGUUCCAGGCCGGAUUUUGUGGGCGACCCCGUCCAUGCUGGGUAUUGUCCGUGAGUGGCGGCCGCUCGCAGCCUUGCUCGGCUCGGUUCGGCGAGUUCUUCCCGACCGACUGCGGACAGGCGGCGAAUACCGGUGCGGCAGCAGCGGGCGCCCGAUACUCAGGCGCAGGCCUGCGGCAGCGGUGGCGGGAGAUGGCGGAGCGCCGACUGCAGCUCCUGUUGGCGCUGGCGGCUUUGAGUGCGGCCCGGAGUUCAGAAUCUGUCAUCCGAAGAUUCACACCUUUCUACUUUACGGUGGAGCCAGCAGACACACUUGCGAUACGAGGGUCCUCGGUUAUACUGAACUGUUCAGUUUUCGCUGAACCCAAAGCCAGAAUUGAAUGGAGAAAAGAUGGAACAUUCCUAAACCUGAUUUCAGAUGAACGCAGACAGAUGCUUCCGGAAGGUUCACUGUUGAUACAUAGUGUGGUACAUUCCAAACACCACAAACCUGAUGAGGGAUUUUAUCAAUGUGUUGCCACUAUUGAUAGCCUGGGAACCAUUGUGAGCAGGACUGCCAAGAUAACAGUAGCAGGUCUUCCUCGAUUCAGUGGUCAGCCUGAGGCCGUCUCAGUGCACCAAGGCGACACUGCCCUGCUUGGCUGUGAGGUGAACGCUGAUCUUGUUCCAUUUGUGAGGUGGGAGCAUAACCGGCAACUUAUGGUGUUGGAAGGCAGGUUCCUGAAACUCCCCAGUGGUGCAUUGGAGAUCAGCAACACCACCAACAGUGAUGUUGGCCCAUAUCGCUGUUCUGUAGAAAUUGCAGGUUCUUCCAAGACGAGUGAAGAGGUAGAGCUUACAGUUUUGCCAGAAAUGGGUGCAGAGCGACAGCUGAAAUUUCUCCAGCAACCUGUCUCCAUUAGUAAAGUGGCAGGGCAGUCAGUAAUUCUACCAUGUGUGGUGUCCGGAUAUCCAACACCCUCCAUUCAGUGGAUCCACAACGAUGAGAUCGUCUUCGAAAGGUCCCACAGAAUGGCUUUGGUUGGCAGUGGCAGUCUGCAGAUCAAUGAUAUUUUGGAAGAGGAUGCUGGCCUAUAUGAAUGCAUUGCAGAGUUUGGGAAUGAGACCAUCCAUGCUCAGGCAGAGCUGAGUGUUCAAGUUCCCCCUCACUUCCUGAAGCGACCUGUUAGCAUUUAUGCUCACGAGUCCAUGGACAUUGUGUUUGAAUGUGAAGUGACAGGGAUACCAAUGCCAGCUGUAAAAUGGAUCAAGAAUGGAGACAUGGUGAUCCCAAGUGACUAUUUCAAGAUUGUUAAUGAGCGGAACUUACAAGUCCUUGGUCUGGUGAAGUCUGAUGAAGGUCUGUAUCAGUGUGUGGCAAAGAACGACGUGGGGAACAAGCAGGCCAGUGCCCAGCUGAUCAUCCUGGAGCACGAUGUUCCCAUCCCGACAUUUCCCCCCACCUCACUGACAAGUGCCACUGCUGACCAUCUAGCGACGGCCACUGCUGGACUGCUGCCCUCUGCUCCCCGUGAUGUGGUGGCUCUCCUUGUCUCCACGCGCUUCAUCAAGCUGGCAUGGCGCCCACCUGCUGAGCCAAAUGCAGAGAUCCUCGCCUACUCCGUGUACUACGCCAAGGAUGGUGCCAACAGGGAACGUGUGGAAAAUACUAGUCGACCGGGCGAUCUAGAAGUGACGAUUGGAGAGCUGAUGCCAGAUGUGAAGUAUGUAUUCCGAGUGGUUGCUCACAAUAAGCAUGGAGCGGGAGAGAGCUCUGCUCCUUUCAAAGUGGCCACCCAACCGGAAGUUCAAGUUCCUGGACCUGCCCAAAAUCUGUUUGCACAAGCAAAUUCACCCACCUCCAUCACAGUGACGUGGCAGGAGCCUUUGUCAGACAAUGGCCCCAUCGUGAACUACAAACUAUACUACAUGGAGAAAGGGGCAGGCAGCGAGCAGGAUGUGGAUGUUGGGAGUCUGUCUUACACCAUCAAUGGGUUGAAGAAGUUCACGGAGUACAGCUUCAGGGUAGUGGCGUACAACAAGCAUGGGCCUGGUGUCUCCACCGAGGAGAUAGUGGCCACCACCUACUCUGACGUUCCCAGUGCACCCCCACAGAAUGUCACGCUGGAAGUCCGCAAUUCCAAGAGCAUCGUUGUGCACUGGCAGCCUCCUCCUCUAGGGACACAAAAUGGGGUGAUCACUGGUUACAACAUUCGGUACAAAAAGGCAGGUCGCCGUGGGGAGACAGAUUCUACUGGUGGGAAUCAGCUUUCUCAGGUCAUCGAUGGGUUGGAGAGAAACACCGAAUACAGUUUCAGAGUUUCUGCAAUCACGGUCAAUGGGACUGGACCUUCUUCGGACUGGGUAUCUGCCGAAACCUUCGAAAGUGACCUGGAUGAAUCACGGGUUCCAGACAAGCCCAGCUCUCUCCACGUGCGGCCUCUUAUUAACCACAUUGUUGUGAGUUGGACACCACCUGAAAAUCAGAACAUUGUUGUAAGGGGAUAUACUAUCGGCUAUGGAAUUGGCAGCCCGCAUGCAGAGACCAUCCGUGUCGACUAUAAGCAACGUUAUUACACCAUCGAGAAUCUGGAGCCAAACUCACACUACGUGAUCACACUGAAAGCAUACAACAAGGUUGGCGAAGGAAUCCCUCUGUAUGAGAGCACGGCCACCAGACCACUAACCGUACCAGACCCCAGCCCCAUGAUGCCCCCUGUUGGAGUGCAGGCCACUGUGCUCACCCACGACACCAUCCGAGUGACCUGGGCUGACAGCUCGCUGCCCAAGAACCAGAAGAUCACUGACGCGCGAUAUUACACAGUGCACUGGAAAACUAACUACCCUGCCAACACCAAGUACAAGACUGCAGACACCACUACGUUGAGUUAUAUUGUCUCAGGGCUGAAACCAAACACACUCUAUGAAUUCUCUGUGAAGGUCACAAAGGGUCGGAGGUCAAGUACCUGGAGCAUGACAGCACAUGGAACAACAUUUGAAACUGUGCCAACAUCUCCGCCCAAGGAUCUAACUGUGGUCAGCAAGGAAGGCAAGCCCAGAACCAUCAUUGUGAACUGGCAGCCACCAUCAGAAGCCAAUGGGAAAAUAACAGGUUACAUCAUUUACUACAGCACAGACAUAAAAGCAGAGAUCCACGACUGGGUAAUAGAGCCAGUGGUCGGAGACAGGCUCACUCACCAGAUCCAGGACCUUACGCUUGAUACCACAUACUACUUCAAAAUCCAGGCCCGUAAUUCCAAAGGCAUGGGCCCUUUGUCAGACUUCGUCCAGUUCCGCACACCUAAGGCACCAGGAUCAUCUGGGAAAGUUGGGAAGAAUCCUCCGAUGAUGGACUCAGGCGCAGACACCAGGCAUUCCAUCAGUGGUCACAACAGUCCUCAUGGUAGUCCCACCUCCAGCCUGGACAGCAACAUUAUGCUGAUCAUCAUCAUUUCUGUAGGCGUCUUCACCAUCAUCAUGGUGGUGAUUAUCGCGUUGAUCUGCACGCGGAGGACCAACUACCAGCAGAAAAAGAAGCGGGCUGCUUGUAAAUCAGCUAAUGGGUCUCACAAGUACAAAGGCAAUUCAAAGGACGUGAAGCCUCCUGACCUUUGGAUUCACCAUGAGCGCCUGGAACUGAAGCCAAAUGACAAAUCACCAGAUCCUAACCCUGUCAUGACAGACACUCCUAUUCCUCGCAAUUCCCAGGAUAUCACUCCCGUUGACAGCUCCGUGGACAAGGACCAUCAGCGCAGGAAUUCCUACCUGGGGCGUGAACUGGAGGAUGGCGUGUCAUCUUUGAGUGGUCGACGUGGUCUGCGGCCAAAGAUUAUGAUGCCAUUUGAUGCUCACCCUCCACAGCCUGUGAUUAGUGCCCAUCCCAUCCAUUCACUCGACAACCCUCAUCACCAUCACCACUGUGAAGGGCUGUCAUCCCCAACCCGCAGUUACCUCCGUCAGACCAGCAACCGGCCGCUUGGCUCCUCGUUAGACAGGGCCAACUCCACAGAAUCUGUUCGAAAUACACCCAACAGUGACAUGUCACCAGCACUAAGCUCACAGACCCACACUGCAGAGACCCUGGAGGCAGAUGUUCCCCCUGUAUCGUAUCUGCCAGGGUCGCAGGAGGAAGAAUCUAACCGCAGUGUCCCAACAGCUCAUGUGCGUCCAUCCCACCCGCUGAAAAGUUUUGCAGUAAUUGCCAUUCCUCCUACCAGCACCAACUAUGACGCAGCUUCAUCCAGUACACCCUUACUGGCCCAGACAGGAACAAACCCACAAGUGCACUCAGUGAAGACAGCAUCAAUAGGAACACUGGGGAGAAGCAGGUCCCCAAUGGCCGUCACUGUGCCCAGUGCACCGGAUGUCGCAGAAUCCACUAAAAUGCUGGAGGACUCUGACGCUAAUUAUGGCUCAGAUGAACUAACUGAAGAGAUGGCACACCUCACAGGGUUGAUGAAGGAUCUCAAUGUUAUCACCACAGCAUAGAUCAAAGUAUCAACAAUUACUCAAACUGAAACCAGAGCAGGUCUGCACAAGUACACAAGACACUCAGAGGGUCGACUACAACAUAAUGUGAUGUGUUCAGUCUCGUGGAACAUGCCUUUGUCACAAUUUCAGUCCAGUUGAUGCAGCCUUGUGGAUAUUAUGUUAAUGCAGUCAAGGCGUCGGAAUCUGAUGACCCUCAGCUCUGACAGACUGCUGCUGGUUUGGAAAUGUACUGGAGAUACCGAUAUAGUGUUCGACAUUCAAUAUCGUCUAUUUACUGCGUGUUUACGUUUUUGGUGUUAUAAAGAGAAUGUUGAAUUGUUACUUUGGUAUCCAGAUGUGACAUUUGACUGCCUCACCAUCCGAUGAUGAGAGGCAUUGAUUAAUAACAUGGCCAUUUCUUGCUUCCUCCGCAUCACACAGUGCCAAGGCAUCCAGACUCUGCAACCUUCUGACAAAACUGCCAAGCUGUCCGCACUCAUCACUGUGAUCUUUUAGCAACUCCUGCUGGACUUGGCAAGUUAGCUGAUUAAAGCACAAUUAGUAAAAUGGAACCAGCAAGAUCUAUCCACAAAGAACUCACAAAGAGGCUUGGCAAGACUCAAAGCACAUUAGUUUAAAUAAAUGUGUGCAGCAAUUGACAUUUUAUAUGAAGACUGUCUUUAUGUAUUCUACUGGAAAAUCAUUUAGCCAUAAGGAAAAAAAAUAAUUCAACCCUACCAAUGGGUUCUGGUUGCACGAUCUUUAUUAAAUCCUAUCGAUGAGUUUUGAUUAUAUAGCCAGCAUUUAACAUGAUCAUUAUACCCUCAGUAAUUUUCCAGCCCUCAGUAACUGUGUUGAGUGGGUAGGCUCCAGUUACUAAAGCUGUACUGAAUUCAGUAAAUAGGUGAAUUUACUGUACCCCAAGGAGACCUAGCUGAAUUGGUCCCAAUAAUAUGGCUCCCAAAUCAAUCCCAUCAAUUGGGUUCUGAUCAGAUUACAUAUCAAAUCAUGUACUGAAUUCAAUUACAGGCAGUUCCUAUCAUCUCAUUUAGCCUGACCCACCCUCCCCAUCACAUUGUUGUAAUUGCUCCUACAGUCAUGGUUUUACUUUGUUUGUGAAUAUUGCUUCCUAUGUACAUCUCCAUGAAUGUUAAUAUAACUGUUUAAGGAAAUUUAUUGUAAUGAAUAUAACUGAACGAAGCUAUUGUGAAGACUUAGAAAACAUCCUCCUGUUGUAGGCAGUAAGAUCUGUUUUGCACUUUUUCCAUCUUUAUUUACAAAGAAUCCUUUCUUUCUGGCCUGUGUUCAAAAUUUGGAAUCCUCUGUUGUAUCUGUAGUGUUCUCAUUAGCUAACGCAGCUUUCUGUUUUCCAAGGUCGCGGAAGGUGCAGAUUGUUUAUUAAUCACGAUUGUAGAAAUGAUGCAGACUACUGUAGUUUUAUGUACAAAGAACUUUGCUAGUAGCAUUUUCGGUGGCUUUUUUAAACUUCAUGUUCUAAUGUAAUAUUGGAAUUCCAAUACAUUUUGUAUUCAACCAAUAGGA